AAAGUCAGGAGAGCACAACAGCUUCGCCACUGGCUGAAAAACUGCGAGACCAGCGACCCGGCGAGGGGGUGGAGGAGAAAAAAAAGACUCGAGCAUGCCCGGAAUGUUCUAGAAGCCAUUUCUUGCACUGCUGGGAUCUCAUCUUUACGUUCCCAUGAGUUCUGCCAGCCUUCUCAGGUCUUUCAGUCCGUCCGCGAUGCCCGGCCCGGUCUUGCCCAUGGACGUGGCAGUGCGCUUCUACAUCAGCCACUCUCCUCCUCCUCUCAGGGGCUUCCUCGGCUCCUACGAGGCCCCCCGCCGUCGGAGCAAGCGUGAGCGGGCGACGGCGCUCAGGCCCUGCCUUCAGAGGGCGGCGGCGCUGGACGAGGGCUGGAGCGCCAGAGGCCAGAAGAAGAAAGUGGUGUUCGCCGACUCCAAGGGAAUGUCGCUCACCGUUGUUCGCGUCUUCUCUAAGAACGAGGAGGAACGUUGCGGCGGCGCCGGCGAGGAGCUCCAGUUCGACAUGAGCGACUUGGAGAACGCGGCCGCCGAGCUGAAGAUCCAGCCGGCCCGCGGCUUGGCGCUGGACUUCAAGCAGCCCUCGGCCGACUACCUGGACUUUCGGAAUCGUCUGAUCCGGGACUCGGUCUGCCUGGAGAACUGCUCGCUGCAGGGGCGCUCGCUCACCGGCACCGUCAAGGUCCGCAACGUGAGCUUUCAAAAGUCCGUGCUGGUGCGGGCCACCUACGACUCGUGGGCCAGCUUCGUGGACGUGGACUGCACCUUCAUGAACAACGUCUACGGCGCACACGACACAGACACAUUCGCCUUCGCGGUGGACCUGCCCGAGGACAUCCCGCCGCAUCACCGCGUGGAGUUCUGCGUACGUUUCCAGGUCCCCGACCGGACCUUCUGGGACAACAACGAUGGCAAGAACUACACCCUCAAACACGCAGGCUGGGCCAGCACUCAGGAGGACGUGAAGCCUGCCGCCAAGAUCCCGGAGAUGGACCCGGACCAGCUGGGGAGUCCGCGCAUGUGCAGCGGCUUCUUCCCGGGCUGGCAAAGCUGGAACCACGCCGUUCCCUACUGGUGAACCUUCUUUCAGACUCUGAAAUCUCUCUGCACCUUGGACGCGUUGUCGGAAGGCGACGGCGUUUUGCCGUAUGCGCUUCCGCGGCUUUGUGAUUUGCACACAGACAGACUGGGACGAAUGCGUGAAGCGCAAUCAAGUUUUACUUUUUCUGCAAAUGAUUUUGAGUUUGGAAUAAAAGUUUCUAUUUAAACACUG